AUGGACGAACAGCUCAUCUUCAGUACGAAUACCACCUGCACGGUGGGCUCCUUACAUUCGCCCAACCAAACGAAUUUAAAGCAGUGUUCGAAUGAGUUCCGCAACGGAUCGUGUCUGGUGGGCAGCAAAUACCUAUUGGUUGCCCAAGCACGCAAGGCUCUAAUCAACGUGUACAGAAUCGAAGGCUCUGGAAAGAGAGAAUCUGUAGAACAGAGACUGCCGCUGCCGGAGACCGUCAACUGCCUGGAAGUUGUUGAGAACAAUGCAGAGCAGAAUGGUAACUCACAGCUGCCAUAUCUGUUGUUAGCGUCGACUUCCUCUGGUAAACUCUACGUCUGGGAAAUGGCUUCAGGAAAUCUGCUCACAGUUAAAGCUAUGGCGCACUACCAAGCCAUCACAAAAAUUCGUUCUAUCAUUCAGGGAAAAUACGUAAUCACGUCUGGUGCUGAUGCGCGCAUAAUGAUAUGGCAAACUGUGGAUUUAGUUUCCCAGCAGGACCCAAAACCACUUUUUACUUUGCAUGAUCACACGCUGGCUGUAACAGACUUUGAGGUUUCAAACGCACACUCGUCCCAACUAUCCGGCAAGCUUUUCACAGUCUCGCAUGAUAUGACUAUGCGCUGUUACGAUCUGAAUAUGGACGUGUUUGACAAACCGCAGCUACUAACCACUUUCACCUUCCCCUUCCCUCUGGAGUGCAUAACUUUGGACCCCGCUGACAGGGCAUGCUACGUGGGCGGCGCACAAGGCGUAUACGCAUUGCCAUUUUAUUACCCAAUCGGAGACCGUAAAGUUGCCAAUCUCCUCAGCUCUGACUCAAGCAACAUCCUUUCUUGCGUUGAACAGCAACCGGGCGAUAAAAAUGCCGACUUGUUCACAAUGGGAAAGGUUGCACUAGCUAAGAUUACGAACGCUCAAACUUCUCAGUUGGCGUGCUCUCUCGAGGGAAGUCUCCUAGUCGUUGGUGACUCGCUAGGAAAGUGCACCGUAAUGGAUGUUUACUCUAAGCAACCAGUCAAGGAGAUACAAGCGAUAGUUGCCAACGAGACCGCGGGAGAAGUAACGAGCAUCAUACUCAAUCCUGUGAAUGUCGACAACUCAAAUAGCCUUUUGGGUGACGGCAAGACGCAGUCGGGAUUCAAAAUACCCAACCUACAGAAAAACGUAUUUGCUCGUGAGGGUUUGCACGACAUCCUUUUCCAGAUCGAGGACCUGCAGGACAGUAAAGUGGCACCCCUGGAUGACUUCGAAGCGUACCUUGAUCAAGUUGCUGCCGAGGAGGGUACGUUUGCCCAGCUCGGCAACGUUGUUUCGACAGUCAAAGUGAUGUCGGAAAGCGAAGGAGCAAACAGAAAUCCUGAGAACCCGGACACUGCGCAACGCCCAGCUGACGAUGGGGAGCUAUUAACUAUGAAGGCAACUGUCGGCCAGCUCACUGGAGCUUACAAGGAGCUGCGAGAAAUGUAUGACAAGCUCUUCCAAGAACAUGAAAGUUUGCGGAGUACCUUAGGGGAAAACUAA